AGGGGAAAACUCAGACCCCGCUGUGAAGUUUUGGGGAGCCUUCCCCCCCCCCCGACACCCCCUCUUCCCCAGGGCGCCGUAGAAUCCAUCGCCAUGAAGAACCCCAAGGAGCGGACGGCGUUGUUCGAGGAGAUCAGUCGGUCGGGCGAGCUGGCGCAGGAAUACGACAAGCGGAAGAAAGAGAUGGUGAAAGCGGAGGAGGACACUCAAUUCAACUACCACCGCAAAAAAAACAUCGCCGCCGAGCGCAAAGAAGCCAAGCAGGAGAAAGAAGAGGCGGAUCGUUACCAGCGAUUGAAGGACGAAGUGGUGCGGGCUCAAGUGCAGCUCCAGCUCUUCAAGCUUUAUCACAACGAAGCGGAGAUCGAGAAACUCAAUAAGGAAUUGGGUUUGAAAAACCGAGAGAUCGAUAAAGAUAAGAAAAGGAUGGAUCGGGUGGAAGACGAGCUGAAAGAUCGCAAGAAGGAGCUGGGCAAAAUGAUGAGGGAACAACAACAGAUCGAGAAGGAGAUCAAGGAGAAGGAUUCAGAGCUCAACCAGAAGCGUCCUCAGUACAUCAAGGCGAAGGAAAACACCUCGCACAAGAUUAAGAAGCUGGAAGCGGCCAAGAAAUCGCUGCAGAACGCGCAGAAGCAGUACAAGAAGCGCAAGGGCGACAUGGAUGAGCUGGAGAAGGAGAUGCUGUCGGUGGAAAAAGCGCGGCAAGAAUUCGAGGAACGGAUGGAAGAGGAGAGCCAGAGUCAAGGACGAGACCUGACAUUGGAAGAGAACCAGGUGAAAAAAUACCACCGGCUGAAGGAGGAGGCCAGCAAACGCGCCGCCACGUUGGCCCAAGAGCUGGAAAAGUUCAACCGGGAUCAGAAAGCCGACCAAGAUCGGCUGGAUUUGGAGGAAAGGAAGAAGGUGGAGACUGAGGCCAAGAUCAAACAGAAGCUGCGUGAGAUCGAGGAGAACCAGAAGCGCAUCGAGAAGCUGGAGGAGUACAUCGCCACCAGCAAACAAUCUCUGGAAGAGCAGAAACGUCUGGAAGGAGAAUUAACGGAAGAAGUAGAACUGGCUAAACGUCGCAUCGAUGAGAUCAACAAAGAGCUGAACCAGGUGAUGGAACAACUCGGGGACGCUCGCAUUGACCGGCAGGAGAGCAGCCGUCAACAACGUAAAGCCGAAAUCAUGGACAGCAUCAAACGCCUCUAUCCCGGCUCCGUGUACGGCCGCCUCAUCGAUCUGUGCCAACCCACACAGAAGAAAUACCAGAUCGCUGUGACCAAGGUGUUGGGGAAGAACAUGGACGCCAUCAUCGUCGAUUCAGAAAAAACGGGGCGCGAUUGUAUCCAGUACAUCAAGGAGCAGCGGGGAGAACCCGAAACCUUCCUCCCCCUCGAUUAUCUGGAGGUGAAGCCGACGGACGAGAAGCUCCGGGAGCUGAAGGGGGCGAAGCUGGUGAUCGACGUGAUCCGGUACGAACCCCCCCACAUCAAAAAAGCCCUUCAAUACGCCUGCGGCAACGCCUUGGUCUGUGACAACGUGGAGGACGCCCGCCGCAUCGCCUUCGGGGGACACCAGCGGCACAAAACGGUGGCGCUGGAUGGGACCCUCUUCCAAAAAUCAGGGGUGAUUUCAGGGGGGGCCAGCGAUCUGAAGGCCAAAGCCCGGCGCUGGGACGAGAAGGCAGUGGAUAAGUUGAAGGAGAAAAAGGAACGGCUGACGGAGGAGCUCAAGGAGCAGAUGAAGGCAAAGCGGAAGGAAGCCGAACUACGCCAAGUCCAGUCCCAAGCCCACGGUCUCCAGAUGCGACUCAAAUAUUCGCAGAGUGACCUGGAGCAGACGAAAACCCGUCACCUCGCCCUCAAUCUCCAGGAGAAGUCGAAACUGGAGAGCGAAUUGGCCAAUUUUGGGCCUCGCAUUAAUGAUAUUAAAAGGAUCAUCCAGGGCCGAGAGCGGGAGAUGAAGGACCUGAAGGAGAAGAUGAACCAGGUGGAGGAUGAGGUGUUUGAGGAGUUUUGCCGUGAAAUCGGGGUCAGGAACAUCCGGGAGUUCGAGGAGGAGAAGGUCAAGAGACAGAAUGAGAUCGCCAAGAAGAGGGAGAUGACGCACCUGCAGAAGGAGGUGACGGCCAUCGAGACGAAGCUGGAGCAGAAGCGCAGCGACCGCCACAACCUGCUGCAGGCCUGCAAGAUGCAGGACAUCAAGCUGCCCCUCUCCAAGGGCACCAUGGACGAUAUCAGCCAGGAGGAGGGCGGCCCGGCCGGGGAGGAGCCGGUGAGCAGCUCCCAGCGCACGUCCAGCCUCUACGCCCGGGAGGCCCUGAUCGAGAUCGACUACAGCGACCUGCCCGAGGAGCUCAAGGACGCGCAGGCAGAGGAGGAGAUCCGGCAGGAGAUGAACCAGCUGCAGCAGCGCCUGACGGAGCAGCAGAGCGUCCUGCAGCGCAUCGCGGCCCCCAACAUGAAAGCCAUGGAAAAGCUGGAGAGCGUCCGGGAUAAGUUCCAGGAGACCUCGGACGGUGGGGACACCAGGAAGACACAAGGACGUGGGGACAUGUGGAUGCCAGAGACACAGGGACACUGGGAAGACGCAGGGACGUGGGGACAGCAGGAAAACAGGGGGACAUGGGGACAGCAGAAAGACGUAGGGACACCAGGAAGACAUGGGGAUACUGGGAAGACACAGGGACAUUGUGGGGGGAUGCGGGGAUGCCAGGAGGACAGGGGGACACCAGAGAUGUAGGGACACCGGGGAGAGGUAAGGACUUGGGGACACCAGAGGGAUGGGGAC